AUGGGGACUCAGGAGGCUCAAUGUCCCAUCCCUACCAUCGCCCACGGGCACCUGAGCUCUGCAGAGAACUUCACCUUCGGCAGCACAGCCACGCUGCAGUGUGACCCCGGCUUCGUGGGCACUGCCAGCACUGCACGCUGCACACCCACGGGCAGGUGGUACCCACGGGUGCCCUCCUGCAUCCCAGGGCAGUGUCGCCACCCUCCCUCUGUGGAGUUCGCCGAUUCCCAGCCCCGGCGGGAGUUCCCUGUUGGCACCACGCUGUCCUACUCGUGCAGAAGCGGCUUCUCCCCCAUCCCCGGGGUGUCCCCAACCAUCACCUGUCUCCAGAACUUCUCGUGGUCCGCGGUGCCCCGGCUGUGCCAGAAGGUGCAGUGUCCCCGCCCGGCCAUCCCCCACGGGACAGAGACCAGCCCCAGCAGAGCUGAGUACACCUUUGGGCAGCAGGUGGAGUUCCAGUGUGACCAUGGCUUCAUGCUCCGGGGCAAUGACAGGGUGCAGUGCUCCUCUGAUGGCAUUUGGAGACCCCCUGUGCCCCACUGUGACAGAGUCUGUGGUCCCCCUCCCAAAAUCACCAACGGGCAGCACUCGGGCAUGGGGUUCACCCGGUUCACCUACGGCUCUGAAGUGAAGUACAGCUGUGCAGAGGGGCUGUCCCUCAUCGGGCACAAAUCCCUCUACUGCACCUCCGAGGAUGGGGAGAACCUGACCUGGAGCGGGCCUGCCCCCGAGUGCAGGGUGGUUCGGUGCCCCAAGCCCGUGGUGGAGAGGGGAAGGAUGACCCCACAGAUGUUCACCUUUCCCUAUGGGCUGCUCCUGCACUUCUCCUGUGAGGAAGGCUUUGGUCUGCGUGGUGCUGCCCAGACUCAGUGCCAGGCUGAUGGCACCUGGGACCCCCCUGUGCCCACCUGCCAGCCAGUCCUGUGUCCAGAACCACGAGUGCCCUUUGCAAAGGUGAAAAGCCCUUUGGGUGAGCAAAGGUGGUACCAGACCAACGAGACUGUCACCUUGGAGUGCCUUCCUGGCUACCAGUUCCCAGACAAUGGAAUGAUGGAAAAUGCCUGCACAGCCACGUGCUUGCCUGAUGGCAGCUGGACACCACUGCCCAAGUGUAUGAAAGAAGGUGAUGCUGAUGUGUGUCAAGAGGUUCAUUACAUUAAAUCGGCCUUUGAAUGUGGUGUGCCUGUGGAAAAAGUGAAAAGUCUGCUGGAAAUCCAGAAACUGUUCCUGGAGAUUAAAAAAUUACAGAUGGAACUAGAGAACUGA